AAUCCAGCCUAUUCCUGUGAUUAAUCGGAUAUCCGGUUUGCUCUGCAGCGCAUCGACCGGUGCCGCCAGCCAACUUUAUAGCCUUGAACCGUGGAACGAACGCAUUGAUACGGUAUUAACUGUGCAUUUGUUAUGCGUUUGACCCUUGAAAAGCGCAGGCAGCACAACAUUUGGCUCCUCAUUCUUCACGCUUAUCUCUUUUCCACACUUGUAUUCCAUGUUUUUCCUGCGAUUUAUGAUAGCCUGACAUUUUUUGGUUUAAUACUUUGAUGCGAUAUGGCGUACCAGAGCAAGUUUUUCAAUCGCCGCCAAACCAACACAGGCAGUCCGCUGCAUCAGCCGAGUAUUCUGUCAACGGGCUUCAACAGCACAACUGCCGCCACCCCGGGCGACGGAGGAGCCAUGGUCAACGGCAUCGGACUGCAGCGAAAGAGUUCGCGGAAUUAUGAGCGCGAACGCGAACGGGAAGCGGAGGAACGGGCGAGUCUGCCCUCCAGCCGGAAGUAUUCCUUGACUCAGGCCAUCGCCAACGGUUCCGUGGGGCCGACUACGGCAUUCCCCUAUGCAGACGGGGAGGACGGUCUGCCGCCGUCGGCCGCCUUCCACCAGCGAGAAGCCCUCAGUCAUCUACUGCGACGCACGCAGUCUACGCGCGGCAUCGAGCGCAGUCCGGCGGCACUGCAGCGUGCCGGCACACUGUCCAACCGGCAGGACACGCAACAGCAGUUGACCCCCUCCGCACUGUCCUUUGACAAGCAGUUUCUCUUGCAGACCUUUCCGCAAAUUGACGAUCGCUAUCUGCAGUUAGAUUUCGCCAACCAGGAGAUUCUGAGCAAAUGUACCGCCGGUGACCUUUUGCCCAAGGGCAGCGCGGAGAUUACGCGGGAAUUCAUGGGCACGCUGGUGACGAUGCUGUUGAAUUAUGUUGAAAUGGAGAAUGAUCGAACGACCCGUGUACUGGAAUUCCGUCAUCCUAAGCAGCUGGAGCAGAUUAUUGAUAUCGAUAUCCCGGAUGAAGAAGCACCAUCCAACCUGUAUCAACUACUGCUGGACUGCCAACAAGCGCUGCAGUAUCAAGUGCGCUCAGGACACCCGCGAUUUUUCAAUCAGAUAAGCACUGGACUGGACCUCGUAUCGCUAGCCGGAGAAUGGCUGACGUCCACCGCCAACAGCAAUAUGUUUACCUACGAAGUCUCCCCGGUUUUUGUUUUAAUCGAAAAAAUCGUUUUACAAAAGAUGAGGGAGCUAAUUGGAUGGUCAUCAGGGGACGGGAUUUUUGCUCCAGGCGGCUCAAUUUCCAAUUUGUAUGCCGUUCAUUUGGCGCGGCACAGAAAAUUCCCGCAAUGCAAAAGCAAGGGAGUCGCAUGUCUGAACAAGAAACUUGUCAUUUUUACUUCUGCGCAUUGCCAUUACUCGAUUCCCAGUGCCGCAUCGGUGCUUGGGCUCGGAAGCGAUAACGUCGUGGAAAUCCCUGUUGACGAUAGAGGUAAAAUGGACCUUAAGGAACUGGAAAGACAAAUAAUUACCUGUCUGGAUCACGGAGAUGAGCCGCUGUUGGUGAAUGCUACAGCCGGAACUACUGUGCUGGGCGCAUUUGAUCCGAUCAACGGAAUUGCAGAUUUAUGCGAAAAAUACGACAUUUGGCUUCAUAUAGACGCCGCGUGGGGAGGAGGAGUUUUAUUAUCCCGACAGCAUCGUCACCUUGUUCAUGGAAUUGAGAGAGCACAAUCAGUGACUUGGAAUCCACACAAAAUGAUGGGAGCGCAUUUGCAAUGUUCUGCAAUUAUUACACGCGAACCGAAUCUCCUGUUCUCUUGCAAUAACAUGAGCGCAGACUAUUUAUUCCAACAAGAUAAACACUACAACGUAGAAUACGACACAGGAGAUAAAGCGAUACAAUGUGGACGGCGCAACGACGUUUUCAAACUCUGGCUUAUGUGGCGCGCUAAGGGUACCCUCGGUUUUGAGAAACAAAUCAAUGGAUUAUUCGAAUUACGAGAUUAUUUAGUCGGGCGUCUCAGAGAACUUCAGGAUUUCGAGUUGUUAUUAACCGAACCGGAAUGUACCAAUGUCUGCUUUUGGUAUGUUUCGCCAAGUUGUGCUUCUUUCGUCGGCAAUCGUCGUUACGAACGUUUAGGCCGGAUCACCGCGAUAAUCAAAGCCCGCAUGAUGGACAGAGGAAGUUUGAUGGUGGGCUACCAGCCACUGGACGAUAAGCCCAAUUUCUUUCGGCCUAUCAUCUCUAAUGCGGGCUCCACCAAGGAAGACAUCGAUUUUAUGUUAGAAGAAAUAGUGCGCAUCGGACGAGAGUUAUAAUUAAUUAAAAAUCAAACUCAAUGCAUCUACAUAUUUGGCAACAAUGUUAAGCAGCUGAAUGACUUCUACAGUACAUCAAAAAUUUUUUUGUGCAGCAAUACGAUAUCUUUUGGCUAUCUGUGGUAUGGUGUUUUUGCAUGUUCCGUAAAGCAUAGUGCGGGGUACUGUAUUUGUCGGAAUGUUUUUUCAGUACUUCGAAGUAUAGCCAGUUUAGUCAAGGGUGCGUUUGAAUAUUGAAUAUACACAUUAUGUAUUUUCGUUUAAUUUUUUUGUAUCGUGAAACUGUAACUGUGCACCCAGACACUGCUUAGCAGGACGUGUCACGCAUUGGCUUAAACAGCUGCAACAACUACA